ACCCAAUGGGGGGCUCAUAAAUUAGCAAAACUAAUUGCCCAAGUGAAAUCGAAGUUCAUAAUUGCUCGGACAUGUUAUGUAGUCGGUGUCUAUAAGCAAAAAAUACAAAAAAAUAAGCCAAAAGAGUUCUCGACAGGCGUGGCACGAGUCUGCGGCGUCCGAUUGACGACGAGAUGAAUGCCCCGUCGUGCAGCAGCCGGUUACCGAAAUAGUUCCAUGGAGUCUUUCCGUGUCUACCUCACCAUUCCCCAAUUCCAAUCCCUUGGCUGGCCCCUCGGCUCUUCGGCCUUGCCCCAGCAACCCAAAUAAAUAAAUAUUUGGACAAAUAAACAUGUGUGUGGCAGACCUGUGUUUUCGGUUUACCUGUAAUCUUUGGAGCUCCUUUGUAGAUCACUAAAGGAAACAAACCGGAGUCUAUAAAUUGAUGGGGUUUAUGGCAAUGAAAUAAUUAUGAUUUUAAUCAGUCUUCCUUAAAUGUUUCUAUGAAGAAAUUGUUUACUAAAUGGAAUGGACAAUGAUCAUUAUAGUUUUCACUUUAAAUAAAAGUUAAAUACUUUAAAUAUUUAUUUUUUGAAUACUUCCUUCUCAACAAAAUCUACAAAACCUACCUGUUCCAAUACCAAACAGUUUCCAACCAAUCCCCCAAGUUUUUAAAAAUGUCUCAUAAAUAAAAAAAAAUUACAAAAAACACUAUAAAAUAUGAAAGAGACAAUGAUAUCUUCCGUAGAAUAUAUUUAUAAUAUUCAAUAUCUCAUAAAUCAUAUCAUUUCAUUGAAAUUUUCAAAGAGUAUUCCUUGUGUCCACACCCCAAAAGAUUUCCCCACAAGUCUAGUCCUUUAUUUAGUUUCAUUUCAAUUUCGCAAUUUAUGACCAGUCGAGCGGUAAAUUAGCCAAACGGAGCAGGAGGAGGAGAAGGCAGCCAUGUCGGGGAGGAGGGCCCAAUCACUGCCGGCGCACAUGUUGGAACCGGCCAAGCCGGAGCGCGGAAAGUGUGUGGCAGCCAUCUGCUUCUCGUGGAAAGUGAUCACCUGCAUCGUGUCCCAUGUGCUGCUGGUGCUCCUCGUCGUUUCCUAUUGCGUGGGUGGAGCGUAUCUCUUCCAGCACCUGGAGCGACCCCACGAACUGGAGAUCAAGCGUGGCAUUGAGAACAUACGCUUCAAUCUCACGGAGAACAUUUGGCUUUUGUCGGAUGAUGCCGAGGUCUUGAGGGAAAGCGAUUGGAUGGCCAAUGUGAGCAAGCACUUGGCCAACUUUGAGAAGCAAAUCCUCACGGCCAUCAAAGCUCAUGGCUGGGACGGCAACGAGGACCUCAAGAAGUCCCAGUGGACCUUUGCCGGCUCACUAUUCUACUCCAUCAUAGUGAUAACUACCAUAGGUUAUGGCCACAUAUCGCCGCGCACGGAUUGGGGCAAGGUGACAACGAUUUUCUACGCCAUCGUGGGCAUUCCACUGAUGCUCAUCUGUCUGUCCAACAUCGGCGAUGUCAUGGCCACAUCAUUCCGUUUCCUUUACUGGAGAAUAUGCUGCUAUGUGUGCACCCGCACUGCAAAACGUCCCAGGAAUGCUCGAUCCCGGCAAAGAUCCAUGCGCUCUCAACGCCAUGCCCGCUCCCAGCCACCGCCCUCGUUCCGGCGCUCCAUGAAAAUGACCCAGCGAUCGGGUAAUGACUCUGGCUUGGGUCCCUCCAUGGGACAUGCCUACUCUGAUCCAGAACUGCGGACCAUGGGCAGGGGAUACGAUGAUCGGGAGUUCGGACACCGAAGCAGUGGAGGCCGCAAUCGUCGGCAGCAGCACCAACAGAACCAGCAUCACAAUCCCUACCACGAUCACCGCCAGAGGCACACCAUCUACGGAGAUGAGUACGAGACACAGACGCUGAACCGCUCCCAUCGCUACAGCAGCCGGCAGAGGCAGAGGGACCGGAUGAGGGACAGGCACACCGUGGAGAGGGAGCGCUACCCGCGAUCCCACCUGGAUGCAGGCUCCAUCGAGGACUUUAGUGACGUACCACCACCGACGAAAAGAGCUCAUAGUGUGCGAUCAGUGCGAUCGCCGCACAACCAGGAUUCCUCGAGGGCCAGCAAGGAGCUGCAGCGACUUCACUCCGCGCCGGGCAGGAGCAGGGCCAAGUCCGUGGAUCCUAGGCAUGUGUCCUCGCACUACGAAGACGUGGACGAGGAUGUGGUGAGGAAAACACCCAUAAUUCCGAAUAGGUAUGCCAUGGACGACUUUGGGGGAAACGGACAUCGAAGGCAGUCCGCUCCAAGGAGUCAAUCCAUGCCGAGAUCGGCGCACCAAAGGCACCGACAGAGGGACCGGGAAAGGGAGCGUUCACCUCAACCACCACCGCACAACUCCCACCGCCAGAAUAACGGUAGGAGAGCCGGGAGCCUCGGCAGACAAACUUCGCGAUACGGCAACCAUUUGGAGCUUCCCGACUACGAUGCUCCACCGCGGGGCCGGGAUCGUCGAAGGGAUCACAGUGGCCAUUCGCAAGGACGCUACGAUGAUUAUGUAGAAGAGAGCUUCGACGAAGGAUCCCUCUACGGAGAGCACUACGAGGACUAUCCGCCGCAACGCAGUCGCUCUAGAAGCCGCGAGCCCAAGAGAAGGGAACGCAGAAGGGAGCGAUCUGAACGAUUGCCUCCUUCCCCACGGAUCAUGUCGCCCAUGGGCUUUCCAGUCCAGCGACAAAUCCGUCGGCGUCCCAGCUAUGAUUACGAUGACGAUGACUCUAUGUAUGGAGAUGAGUAUGGCGACUACGGAGAUCUCCUGCCCAAGGAUCGUCCUGUGCCCAUUUGGUUGUGCGUCUUCCUGGUCGUUAGCUACAUCCUUGGAGGAGCAGCUCUCUUCGCCUACUGGGAGAGCUGGUCCUUCCUGGAUUCGGCCUACUUCUGCUUCAUCACACUGACCACUAUUGGCUUUGGUGACUUCGUCCCCGCUAAGGGAGUCAAGGAUGAAUCGGAACAGUCCAUUGCCUACUGUUCCCUGUAUUUGCUCUUUGGUAUCGCAUUGCUAGCCAUGAGCUUCAACCUCGUCCAAGAGGAGUUCAUCGCCAAUGUCAAGGAAGUGGCCCGCCGCCUGGGAAUUCUCAAGGACGAUGACGACGAUCAGGAUGAAGAUUAGAAACACAAAU